AACCUUUUUGCCCAAACAAAAGGUUUCUAUUAUUUUAUAUGAAAUUUAUAUAUAAGGAUAAUUUAAUAUGAGAUUAGACUUGAACUACAUAUGUAAAUGCUUGUUUAUUUUCUAAAAUACAGCACUCCAUGAAGUGAGUAACAGAGCACACACACCCAGACAAAACACACACGUACAUAAGACACGGGCAAACACUCACCCACUCAGAUACAGCUUGUGAUGAUUCAAUAAAAUCCCACUUUGUGUCUGUGUCUGUUUUGUUGUGUCCUUGUUAUUUUUGUGUGUGUUAAAGAGCUGUAAACAGCCGUCAGGCUUGAUUUCAAUGAAAUAAGAGGUUACAUAAGAGAAAAUGUUCAGCAUACUGAUUAGGAGCCCCAGAUACUGAGGGAUGUAGAAUGUGAGAAUCAUCUGUUAAUGAAAGGGGAUACUGAAUGAGGCCCUCUCUCAUCAACUAUAGAGCCUUCUGUAUAUCACACUUCAUCAUUAAAUCAGUGUAUGGGGUACAAAAGGUGGAUAUCAUUACAUUAUAACAACGCUUUUAUAUCAUAAACCAAUUAAAGAUUUAUUUUACUGGGACAUACUUUAGGUUUGAAAAGUGACAAUGUUUAAAGGAACAAAGUUGUGUUGAGUUGCAUUAGGUUAAUCCGUAAUGAAGGUUGGCCAGUGUCUAAGCUGCACUCCAACUGCCAACCUAAUAGUAUUAUAAUACAAUUUGUUUGUUUAAAACACUUUAUUGCAAAUCUCCUAGUAUGUUGCCAAAAUCGGAACAGAAUAGCCAGGAAAACCAUGGUGAACUGACAGGAGCUUGAGGAUUAUAUUGUCAGUGGUGGAAAUGGCUGAGAUUCAUUGGGGGGACCCUAGCUGGGGAGUCAGGGGGUAUUUGAAGAUCACGUUAGAGAAAACUGCAGGAAAUUAUGGAUGGCUACCUUUUAGUUUAGGGCUCUGAAAAUCAGGAAUCGUUAAAAACAUGUAGAGGUGUAUCCUAUUGUAGGGGAUAAUCCCUUAAAAAAUGUAACCAGUUGGAACAGAAUAAUCUCACUGUAAAUAGACCUUAUUCACAGUAGCACCACCUUUCAAUGACAUGCACUGUUUAAAGCUAUCAAAAAGCUCCUAGAUCACAUCUAUCUAAUUUUCCACAACUCAUGCUGUCUGGAGAUUUUGUCUACUGAAUAUUCUUGUUAAGACAUAAUUCAAUGUUUCAUCAGUGGAACCCAUCGAAAAGACUGUAUGUCUGUCCCUCACAGACUGUGCUGUAAAUAAGAUCUAUUCUGUGAUACUAAAUCGUAAGUCCUUCCACUAAAAUUGGUCUGUGCUUACUGAAAUUGUAACUCCUGCCCCCAGUGGCCGAAGCAGGAAGUGAUUUUGAAUGUAAGGACGUGUGAGCUCGUUUCUGAGUGAAAUGUCCACAGAGGGGUGACAAAAGAGAUUUGUUAAGCGAGUUGUUUUCAGUUGUCAAUAAUAUAAUACAUUGAAGGGGAAUGCAUAUUUGAUUAGAAGGCAAACGUACUUGAACUGAUGCAAAAAUGUCUAAUGGGAGCUAGUGCUUUUCAGUAUGUCAGAAUGGAGUCGAUGUCAGGGUACAAGAAAAUUCGGUAGCAACAUGUCGACUUCCCAUGUGAUCAUGUCGGUUUGAAUUGGAACUGCAUCCCCCUCUAAAUUCACUCUAAAGCUGCUUAAUGGUAGAUCUUAAAGUCUAUAAAAGUGAAAAAUGUGCCAGAAUGUAUUGCACAAGGAAAGUGAGCCUACUUUGGCUUAUUCCAGGAAACAAACUGCCAUGUAGUCCAAAUGUAACCAAUGACCUGUUUUAAAUAACUUAUUUAGAGCAAUGCUAGCUUGCUAAUUCGAAAAAUAAAAAAUAAGUAUGUGAAGAAAAAUAUAAAUACAAAUGAAACAAUUGAAUAGUUUGUCUUUAAAGGGAUAGUUCACCCCAAAAUGAAAAUUCACUCAUCAUUUACUUUUUUAAUAUCAAUCUCCAUCUUUUACCAGCCCCAACCAGUAGGUGGCUGAAUGUGAAAGUCACUUCCACACCAGAAUGUGUAAGUGAAAGUGUAGAUUUACAGUUUUUAAAAGGACGUAAAUAGUGAUCUGUUUCUCACCCACACCAGUACAGUAUCAUUUCGCUUAAGAAGACAUGGAUUUAAGCACUGUAGUCUUAUGGAUUACUUUUAUACUGACUUUUGGGCCUUCAAAGUACUGGUCACCAUUCACUUGCAUUGUAAGGACCAACAGAGCUGAAAUUGUCUUUUAAAAAUCUUCUUUUGUGUUCAGCAGAAGAAAGAAAGUCAUACACAUUGGGAUGGCAUGAGGUUGAGUAAAUGAUGAGAGAAUUGUCUUUUUGGGUGAACUAUCCCUUUAAGACUAGUUUACCGACUACUUAAAAAGCAAGAUUUACAAUCGCCUAAAGGGUCGUUCACAACGGACACGUUCUUGCGCUCUUUUUACAUGUGCUAAUCGUACGUAUUUGACCGUCGCGCCUUUUUUUUUCCAGCGUGUCGCGAAGGAGCUCCUCGUUUUUUAAACGCCGUAUCAGUUUAAAAACAACUUCAACUUUUAAAAGCGCGUCUUGAGACACCUGCGCGUUCGGUUUGAACGUCCCCUCACGUGUGACACUCUGGCAAAAUUGUCUAUUCUCGCAAGAGAUCCUUUAAAGCUCUAAUACCACACCGUGAGGUCCUGAAUGUCCGGUUCAUAUCAUUCGACACUAAUACACCCCGGGUUCUCCGCUUUUACCUGCGGGUUGCGUCAUGCUGCGCCGGAGAGGUGACGCAAGAGACCGGCGCUGUGUGUUCACGUACGCCACGCCUCCUCCCCGUGCCGUUUCCUGCUACAGGCGAGACUCCUUCACAAGAACAAUUAAGUCAUAGAGCAAGAACCCUCCGAGGCUCAUCAAUCAUCGUAUCAUCUGUUAAACCUGUGUCCAUCAGAUGAAGGAGGAAGGAGGUGUGGACAUGUCCCAGGCAUUGCCCUCUGGGCCCAGUGCCUUUAUCCCAGUCGAAGAGAUUCUGGAGCAAGGUGCCACACAGGAGGUGAUGUCAGAGGCACUGUUGCCAGACAGGCGAGCAGAUCAUAUCACCAUGGUGAUGGGGAUGCAUCCCACUUACUUGGCCUGUUUUGUGCGCACCCAGCAUGCUCUGCUGCAGCUGGAUGGCCCUCUGCCCUUGUCAUGGAGACAUUUUAUAAUCAUCUUGGCAUCUGCACGUCAUCAGUGUGCGUACCUGGUGCAGCAUCACAGCUCUGCUUUUCUACUUGCUGGUGGAGAUGAGUCUUGGCUUAGGGGUUUUCACUGUGCACCACCUAAAAUACAGCACCUGCAGACGCUCAACAAACUACUUGCACAUAGACCUUGGAUCAUCACCCAAGAACACAUACAGGAGUUGGUGUGCCCUAGUGCAGAGGCUCGAUGGUCUUUGGCAGAGCUGAUUCAGGCUGUGGUUUUGAUGAGCCAUGCCCAUUCUUUGGCCUCCUUUGUUUGGGGUUGUGGCAUUCUCCCUGAGCCAGAGCAGUCAGAUGAUCAGCCACUUCAACUGUGUUCACCCACUGAGUCAUGUAGUUCUACCAGAAUUCAGCAUGAGUGGGGUGAAGCUGUGAACGAAGUUCAGCAUUUGAUGGAGAAAAUGAUGAUGGUGCAACAGCAAGGUGAAGCAUUUACGCAGGAAGAGAUGGUUACUCGCUUUGAAAGAGAAAGGACAGAGAGUCUGCUGGAGCCAGUGGAGGUUGUGAGCCAUGUCUUUCCUGAUUGCAUCUCACGGUUUUUGGUGGAUGCAGAUUUUACUUACCAGGAUUUCAGUCCUAAAGGAGAACAGGCCCCCCCAACCAUGAGAGCUCAGGAUUAUUCUUGGGAGGAUCACGGUUUCUCCUUGAUGAACAGGUUGUAUGGGGAGAUGGCUCAGCUUCUUGAUGAGAAAUUUCAGGUGGUGUGUGCGCUCACGUAUCACACCAUGGCCAUGCACUCGCACGUGGACACCUCCACACUCCGCAAAGCCAUCUGGAACUACAUUCACUGCAUCUAUGGCAUCAGGUAUGAUGACUACAACUAUGGGGAGGUGAACCAGUUAUUGGAACGCAGUUUAAAAGUGUCCAUGUGAACCUGUUACUGAUGGAGGCACGAAUGCAGGCAGCUUUACUUUAUGCUCUCAGAGCUAUUACACACUACAUGACCUAAUAAGCACACAUGAGCACAAGCUAUUCCAAAAAGCAUUAAGACAAGGGAUGAUCUGUAGAAACACUAUAUGCUCUGAUUGUAGACUUGCUGAUCUUAAAUUGACACACAUGCAAAAUUUAGAGCACACAGUCUCCAGAUAUAUGGACCUUAUAUACAGUAGCAUCAUAUUUGAUUUUUGACAGGGAUGAAAACGAGGCUGUGAGGGAUUGACAUACAGUCUCUUUUAUGGGUUUUAAUGUUGUUUAGUGUUUUUGAUAGUUCUUUGGACAUAACAUUGAAAAAAAGCAUCUUUCCAAAGAUUUUCAGCAGACAACAAACUCCAUAAAGUACAAGAUGUGAAAGUUAUAUGUGAUCUUGGACCUUGAUACGGCUUUAUAAAGUGCAUGCCAUUAUAGAGACUGUUAGUCUAUCCCUCAUGGCCCUGUUUUCGUUCCAGUCAAACAUCAAAUAUGGCGCCACUGUGAAUAAGGUCUAUAUAGUUUCAUAUUCUUUUUUUCUUUGCAAUAUUUUUUGUUCUUUUAUUGGAUGGUUGAUCCGCUGCUACCAGGUCAUGAUUGGAUUUUGGAGGCAGGGAAUUUUGCACAUCUUAUGAGUAAAACGCCUCGCUGUGACCUAUCUCUUAUCAUACUGUGAAUGUGUCUUUGCCCUGCUGCAUUAUUCUGUUCCAGUUGUGUGUGUUGAUGAAUGUUUAUGUGAGUUUGACACUAAGAACUCUGCAUUGACUCUUUCUCUCUCAGAUUGAGAGCUGAUUUACAGCGGGCUAAACUGGAUGAAAAAAGCACAUUUAGUUUUUGGUGUUUGUGCAAUGCUUUAAAGUAUUUUUAUGUAUAAUAAAAUAUUUUACUAUGAAAUUCCUGUAUUUUAUAUUUGAUUCAUGUGUUUGUAUAAACUUAUAAAAAUAUGUAUUUUCCUUUAUUAUCUUAAAGGAAUAGUUUGCCCAAAAAUUAAAAUUCUUAUGUAAUUUGCUCACCCUUGGGCCAUCCUUCUUUCUUCUGCAGAAAACAAACAAGAUUUUUAGCAGAAUAUUUCAGCUCUGUUGGUCCAUUUAAUGCAAGCACAAAGGCAGCAUAAAAGCAAUCCAUAAAACUCCAGUGGUUUUAAGUCACAAAGGCAGCAUAAAAGCAAUCCAUAAAACUCCAGUGGUUUUAAGCCAUGUCUUCAGAAGUGACAUGAUAGGUGUGGGCGAGAAACGGAUCAAUAUUUGUCAUUCUUUUACUAUAAAUCUCCACUUUCAUGUGAAAGUUUCUUUUUUUUUUGGCGAUUCGCAUUCUUGGUGCAUAUUGCCACGUUCUGGUUGGGGCAGGUCAAAGGUGGAGAUUUAUAGUAAAAAAAGGACUUAAACAUGAUCUGUUUCUCACCCACACCUAUAAUAUAUACUAUAACUUCAGAAGACAUAGAUUUAUCCACUGGAGUCAUCUGGAUAACUUUUAUGCUGCCUUUAUUUGCUUUUUGGUACUUCAGAGUUUUGGUCACCAUUCACAUGCAUUAUGGACCUACAGAGCUGAGAUAUUUUUCUAGAAAUUUUAAUGUGUUCAGCAGAAGAAAGAAAGUCACACACAUCUGGGAUGGCAUGAUGGUGAGUAAAUGAUGAAAGAAUUUUAGUUUUUAGGUGAACUAUACCCAGGGUUGAGAGGGUUACUUUUGAAAUGUAUUCCACUACAGAUUACAGAAUACAUGCUGUAAAAUGUAAUUUGUAACGUAUUCUGUUAGAUUACUCAAGGUCAGUAACAUAUUCUAAAUACUUUGGAUUAUUUCUUCAGCACUGUUAGAUUUUUGUUUUGACUAUAAAAACUCUGCCAGUACAGUAAGACAAAAUACACAUGUUAAAAAUACAUUCUGAAAAACC